AUGGAGCCCUUCCAAUCCCUUCCUUUCCUUCUCCUCUACGGCUCCGCCAUCGCCAUCGCCAUCGCCAUUGCCUCCGCCGACUCUUCGCACUCCCUCCUCCGCAUGCGCAUCGCUCCCGCCGGCGCCGGAGGAGCCGCCGACGGCCUCUUCUGCGACAGCUGGAGGCUCUCCGUGGAAACCAACAACGCCGGGUACUGGCGGACCAUCCCGCCCAAGUGCCUCGAGAUCGUAGCGACCUACGUGAACGGGGACCGCUACUUGUCCGACUCCGAUAUCAUCGCCGUUGACUGCUUGUCCUUCGCCGAGACUGUCCGGAUCGUGGGCGACAAGAAGGAUGUGUGGGUCUUCGACAUCGACGAGACGCUGCUUUCCAAUGUUCCCUACUAUUCCGUCCACGGAUUCGUGUAAUAAAUGCCCUUACAACAAUUAGAUCGAUUCGGAUAACUACGUUUUUCUUUCACCUUUGAUCAGAUCGGAAGCUUUCAAUGAAACUUCAUUCGACGAAUGGGUGGCCCUGGCGAGGGCUUCGGCUUUACCUGCAAGUCUAAGGUUGUACGAUCAACUACUCGGUCUCGGAUUUCAGAUCGUUCUU